AUGCAAGCUGGAUGUGCUGCUGGUGUUGGGGGUUCUACUGCUGCUGAGGGAGCUGGUGCCACGGGUCCUGGAGGUGCUCGUACUGGUGGUACUGGAGCUGCUGGGCCUGCGGGUGCUCCUUGUGCUGGAGCUGCUGGCGGUGCUGGAGUUGGAGCUGGAGCUGCUGGGGGUGUUGGCGCUGGAGGUGCUGCUGGUGCUGGUGCUUCUGAGGGUGCUGGUGUUGGCGCUGCUGGAGCUGGUGCUGCUGGGGCGGCUAGAGCUGGGGGUGCUACUGGAGCUGGUGCUGCCGUUGGGGGUGCUGGUGCUGGAGCUGCUGGCGCUGCUGGAGCUGGGGGUGCUACUGGAGCUAGUGCUGCCGUUGGGGGUGCUGGUGCUGUUCCUGCUGGUUCUGGGGGCGCUGCACGGCCGCGGCCGUACUUCGUUCCGCUCCUUGAGCAGGUUCUUGGUCCUCUGCCCUCUUCUAGUCCUGCUCCUCCCUUAGAGUGUCCACCGCCUAUCCUGUCUGAGUCACAGUUACAUCCCGCCUCCCCUCUGCCUGCUCCUUCUCCCUACACUGGUCCUACUGGAGGGUGA